AAACAAAAACGGCAUAUUUUGGUUUAGUAAUCUCUCUAUAGAUCCGUUUAAAUAUAGACAUUUUCAAGAUAUUUCAACAUAGUUUUCUCUCCCGUCGUCUGUCAUGGCUGGGAUUAUGGAAACAGAGGAGCAGGCAAGAAACCGUUUCCAGCUGGAGUUGGAGUUUGUUCAGUGCCUAGCGAACCCAAACUAUCUGAACUUUCUGGCUCAACGAGGUUACCUGAGAGAGAAGCCUUUUGUCAAUUACUUGAAGUAUCUACUUUACUGGAAAGAACCAGAAUAUGCUAAAUUCCUGAAAUAUCCUCAUUGUCUGCACAUGUUAGAGCUGUUGCAGUAUGAGCACUUCCGAAAGGAGCUGGUGAAUGCGCAGUGUGCCAAGUUCAUAGACGAACAGCAGAUCCUACACUGGCAGCAUUACUCACGGAAGCGCACGCGCUUACAGCAAGCGCUCGUGGAGCAGCAGCAGCAACAGCAGCCACAGGCUCCAUCCCAUGGCAACACCACCUCCAAAUGAGGCAGUUAACAUGCUCCUGCUGCCAGUUACUCUUUCACUGGAGCAUUUUUGUAAAAAAUCAUUUUCAAACGGGCUUUAUCCCAAAUUCCUAAUGUUGUGUCUGUUUAUAUACGACUGGAGAGAAAGGUAAAAUAGCUUCAAAAGAAGGUAAGGGCAGAGUGAAAUAGAUUGUCGUCGAGCAGUAUGUCUUGUCUUACAGUUUCUAGCUCCACCUGCCACAUGCUUUAUCUUAUAAAUAUUUGUAUUAUGUAUAUGUAUGCAUUUUGGACAAAAACAGAAACCCAAAUCCAAAAUAAAGAUUUGUAUUACUUCAUUG